CCCCGAGCGAGCCUCAUCCACCCCCAUAAAAACAUACGAAGCAACAACACUUACACUUAUUAACCUUACAUACACCUUACUCCUCCAACUACUGUAACAACACCCGCCGAAUUAUCAUCUUAUUGAUCGCCAUGUGCUCUUCUUGUCUCGAGUAACAUUAAAUCCCAAUACACGCAUCGCAUUCUGUCCCCUAGAAUUAAAUGGCGUCACUUUUGCGACAGAUUGUCGCUGGCCCGCGCGCUAGACAUCCUGAAGCUGGACUCGAUCUCUGCUACGUCACAGACAACAUUAUCGCAACCUCAGGCCCCAGCGGCACAUACCCACAACGCGCAUACCGCAACCCGCUCGACUCGCUCGUGAAAUGGCUCGACGACAAGCACGGCGAAGACUGGGCGAUAUGGGAGUUCCGCGCCGAGGGCACAGGCUACCCGGACUCGGAGGUCUACAACCGCGUCUACCACUACCCGUUCCCAGACCACCACCCGCCGCCCUUCGCGCUGAUACCGAACAUCAUGGCGAGCAUGCGCAACUGGCUGCACGAGAAGGAGGGCAGGGUCGUCGUCGUGCAUUGCAAGGCUGGGAAGGGUAGGAGCGGCACGGCGAGUUGUAGUUACUUGAUUGCUGAGGAAGGAUGGUCGGUUCACAAGGCUUUGCAGCGGUUCACGGAGAGGAGGAUGAGACCGAACAUGGGAAAGGGUGUCAGUAUCCCGAGUCAGCUCAGGUGGAUCAGUUACGUCGAGCGGUGGGCAAAGCACAAGAAGAUCUACCUGGAGAGGAAGGUUGAGAUUCUAGAGGUGCACUGCUGGGGGCUAAGAGACGGAGUUAAGAUCCAGGUGGAGGGCUUUGUGGAGGAUGGGAAGGUGAUUAAGUCGUUCCACACAUUCACGAGAUCUGAGAGGGAGAUUGUGAGGGGCGAGAUAGAGAAAGGUGGUGGACUGGCAAGCGUUGUAGCUGAGGUUAUGGACAAGAAUGGAAUUGGAAGGGCUCUGAGUAAGAAGGGGAGAAAACAAACACCACUCGAGCUGGAGAGCAAUGGCACCACGGAUGUCAACAGCGCCGCCGCGAAUCCAAAGUCCUCGACCUCUUCUUCCCUGGCUGAUCAGACUGAUAAAGAGCUCGAGGUCGAAGAACCAUCUCUUACCAAAGAAGAUCUCGGCAAAGAUGGGAAAGGAGACGUCGUGUUCCGACCUUCAACACGAGUCGUGCUUCCCACGAGCGAUAUUAACAUUGACGUGGAACGUCGUAAUAAGGCAGCUUUCGAUCUUACCUACGUUACUGCAGUUGCCCACGUAUGGUUUAAUGCCUACUUUGAGGGCAACGGUCCGGAACAGGACGGACAGCCGGACGACUCGGGUGUGUUUGAAAUUACCUGGGAUGCAAUGGACGGUAUCAAAGGAAGCAGUCGGAAAGGCAUCCCAGCAUUCGAUAAGAUUGCCAUCUUAUGGAAAGCUCUCCCCGACGAGAGCGGGAAGCCUGGCAUUGUUAUCAGCGAACCAAAAGAGGGCGAAGAAGUGAAGCAGUCGACCCCUGCAGACUGGCAGGGGGAGGACAACGUGGCACCCAGCGAAGGUAAAGAUCUUGGGCUACGCACAUCAAGCCCGGUAGACUCGACUGCCGACAUUAGCAAAGCCAGCAGCGUCAAGAGCGGGAAAAGUGCGCAUGCCAUCUUGACGGCACCCAGUCCUCAGGAGGGCAGCGCUGCCUGUGUACGUUCGCAUGGGCCGAACGGAGAGGAUACCAUUGAGGAUCCAGGUGACGCCAGCGGGAGCGGGCCGGAUGAACAGACGCAGUCCCCCACACCGCCAAGGCUCGCGACCGAGCAGGUGGACGGCACAGCUCAGACCAAGGCAUCUGCGGGACCUAGCAUGCAGCCCGUUAAGUCACACGAAUCCGAUAGCAGUGGGAUCCAAACGGGUGCGGUCUCGCAAUACUCGACAGACAGCCUCCCAGACGGGAAACCCGAGAGCGAACUGAAGAACGCCAAAGAGCACGUCUUGUUCCAUAUCGGACACAAGAAGAAGCAUAUGAGCUCUUGAGGUUGGACGUGGACAACUCAAGGCCAUUGAAUGCUACGAGGGCCGUUCCAGGACUGUGGACACUGGUUCUUUUUGGGACUCUGCUCCGCGAUGUUGU